AUGCCUCGCUCUCGCGGAGGUAGCGGUGGCCGUGGCCGCCCUUCUGCGCCUUCUCGACCUGCUGCUGCUCCAGCUAGGCCUGCUGCUACACCCUCUCAACAAACUUCACGAGGUGCCAGCACAGCAGCUCACCCUCCAGCUCACGCCCAGCAAUCCGGUGCUCCCACUCAGCAGGGUAAGAGUCCUGGGCUCUUCGGACAGAUGGCCUCUACAGCCGCUGGUGUGGCAGUAGGCUCAAGUAUCGGCCACGCCAUUGGAGGAAUGUUUGGAGGGUCUAGCGCCCCCACUGAGCAACAACAAGCAGACAACGCUGUCGCUAGCCAGGCCAACGAGAGCAGUUCUCAGAGCAUUGCCUGGGGUCCUCGAAGCUGUGAGACGGAUGCGAAAAGCUUCACCAAAUGUCUUGACGAGAAUCAGGGCAACAUGCAGAUCUGUGGCUGGUAUUUGGAUCAACUGGUGAUUGCCACAUGA